ACUAACCUCGGAGAUUUAAAUAGAUUGCGCCCUGCGCUGUGCGCGGAGCAGACGGGGGCUGCGGCUACAGCAGCUGCACUGCCUCCCAGCCCCGGACUAUGCGCCUGAGCAGCCCCGGAGCUCCCCCGCCGCCCCGCCCGCGGCGCCGAGCCGCGCCCACCCGCCUGGUAACCAGAGUAGCUGCUGCUGGAGCGGAGCCCAAGCCCGCCGCCGGACGCUAUGGGCGACCCCACAGGCUGGCCCAGUCUGUAGAAUGGUAGCACACAGUAAGGUGGCAGCCGACAAUGCAGUUACAGCAGACACAAGAAGAAGACUCGACCCUUCUCCUCCGUCCCACCGGGCUGGCCGGGAGCAUCCCAUCCCACAGCCCAGACCCCAACACGGCCUGGCGCCGCAGCAUGGUGCGGUGGCCCUGGCGGCGACGACCCAGGGACAGGGGGACACUCACUUCCGAACCUUCCGCUCCCAGGCGGACUACUUCAGCAUCACCCGAGCCAGCGCCCUGCUGGAUGCCUGUGGCUUCUACUGGGGGCCUCUCAGUGUGAACGUGGCCCAUGAGAAACUCAAGGGUGAGCCGGUGGGGACCUUCCUGGUCCGGGAUAGCCGGCAGAAGAACUGUUUUUUUGCCAUCAGUGUUAAGAUGGCUUCAGGGCCCACCAGCAUCCGGGUCAACUUCCAGGCUGGUCGAUUCAACCUGGAUGGCAGCCGGGAGACCUUCGACUGCCUCUUCAAGCUGCUGGAACAUUACCUGAACUCUCCCCGAAAAAUGUUGGUGACCCCCCUGCGACAACUAAGGGUACGACCCCUGCAGGAGCUGUGUCGAAAGAGCAUUGUAGCCACCUUUGGAAGGGACAACUUGGGCAAGAUCCCCCUAAAUCCUGUCCUUAAGGACUACCUGAAGUCUUUUCCUUUCCAGAUAUGAAAAGAUGGAAGAAUGUGGUGGCAGCAUUAACUAUGGUUUUUUUUGGGGGGGGGUUGGUUUUGUUUUCUCUUGGGUAGGGGGUAUGGCAGUAAGAGGGAGCUGAUGCUGAUUGUGUGUGUGUGGUUUGGUGGGUAUAACUGAAGAUCCAUAAAAAAAGGAAGAAAGCAAAGCCCCCUCCCAAGGAAGGAAUGUCCUUGGGUGGAGUUGUCCCACUCCCUGGGUGCUUCUUCCCUCCUGCCUCAGAGGCAAUCGAGGCCCAUUUAUUUUUCUAUUUUAAUGUAUUUGGGAUAGGGACCCGUACACUUACCUCCCUUCCCUCCUCAUGUUUACAAACAUCAAAUAUCUUUGCACAAACCAGGGGUUUGGGGUCUCUGGCUUAAUUUUUCUGCUAUGCAGAAACUUUAUUAUUUUAUAUUUUUAAAAGAAAAUAAUGUAAUAAACUUUAUUAUAAAAGUUUUUUUAAACCAAGAAAA